AUGCCUUCCUAUCUCAUCACCGGAGCUUCUCGAGGAAUCGGUCUUGCAUUCCUCGACAACAUCUCCAGCAACCCCGACAACAUCGUCAUCGGUCUCGUCCGCAACGUAAAAGACACUGAAGCCAAGAUCACAUCUUGGAGCAGAAGUAACAUCCACCUCGUCCAAGGCGAUCUCACCAACUACGAGUCGCUAAAGAAUGCCGUUGAUGCUACAUCCAAAAUCACCAACGGCAGCCUUGACUACCUGAUCGCAAGCGCGGGUCUUGUGUCUGGUGACUUUGACGACUUCUCCGUCUUAGGCAAAGACCCAGCCAAACUCGAAGCCAGCCUUGUCCAGCUCUUCAGCGUCAACGUCAUCGGCAACAUCCACCUCUUCAACCUGUUCAUGCCACUCGUUCUCAAGGGUAAUGUCAAGAAGGUCGUUACUAUCUCAAGUGGCAUGGGCGAUAUGGAGCUGGUGCGCAAGUACAACAUAUCCGAAGAUGGGCCUUAUUCGAUCAGCAAGGCGGCGGUGAACAUGGCCGUUGCGAAGUUCAGCGCCAAGUACGCCAAAGACGGAGUGUUAUUCCUAAGCGUGUCUCCUGGAGUAGUAGGCACAGAUGUCUAUGCUGAUCUUUCGGAAGAAGAUCAACAGAAGCUUGGAAUAAUGUCGCAAAAAUUCCUAGAAUACUCACCAGACUUCAAGGGACCUAUUACGCCAGAAGAGUCAGUCAAGGCAGUACUGAAUGUUGUCGAGUCUUCGAGUGUUGCCAACGGAGACGGUGGUGCUUUCUUGUCGCAUCUUGGCAAGAACGAGAAGUGGAUAUGA